AAUCCAAUGUGAAGUAACAAUUCCCCAAUGAGCAGACCCUCCGCCUGGCUACCAAGUCAUCAUGUUGGGCUUCACAGCCUCGCGCACCCAGAUUGCGACCUACCUCUUUUGCAUCGCGCUCUUCAGCAUAUCGUUCCUGGUCUUUCUCAAUAGCUCUGUCUCCUUCGUCAUCACGCAGCGAAUUGGACAGCAGGACAAAGUCGGCGAUGCGGUCGGCACUCUUGGUUUUGCGGAUGAACUGGUCGCGCUGGUCGCAUGCCCCAUGUGGGGAGUGCUGAGCGAUCGCGUAGGAGUCCGGACGGUGGCGGUAACGGGCUAUACGAUUGUGGGUGUGAGCCUGUGGGUGUUUGUGCAAGCAGGGAACGUGUAUCCGCAAUUGCUGCUUGCGAGGAUGUUCUUUAGCAUUGGGGGCGCGGCGACUGCGACGAUGGUAACAGCCAUCCUCCCUACUAUGACACUCGAUACGUCUUCCUCUGAUCCCCGGUCUCCAGCCAGAGGUCGCAAUGGCACGUCACAUACAAUGGCCGCCUCUAUAUCCUCCGAGCUUACCAUAACACCUGACCGCUUCCGCUCACGCUCUCCCAAUGCAGCUACUCCUGUGAAGAAGUCUACGGCGGCAUCAACCUCACAACUCGCAGGUCUUGUCGGCAUGUUUACAGGCCUGGGCGCACUACUUGCUCUGGGCUUCUUCCUGCCUCUCCCUACGCGGUUCCAGAAAUCCGGCGCCUCACCCUCCGCAGCAGUCGCCGAUGCUUUCUAUGUGGUCGGUGCAGUCGCCAUUGUAAUAUCCGUUCUGUGUAUAUUCGGUCUGCGAAACCUUCCGGGAGAGGAAGAGAAAGGCUUCCGGAGGCUCCUGAGUCUCAAAUAUCACAAACGAGCCGAGACGGCGAGCGUAGACCGCUCACACCUAUCAUACCCCCGCUUGCUCUGGAAAAGCGUAAUACUCGGCUUCAAGAGCACGAACAUAGGUCUGGGUUACCUGGGCGGCUUCGUUGCUCGGGCCUCAUCGGUCGCGAUAUCGCUCUUCAUACCACUCUUCACAAACGCGUAUUUCCUUCGCUCUGGCCUCUGCUCUCCCGCGGACCCUGCGGACCCGGCUGAUAUCAAACACGCAUGUCCCCGAGCCUACAUCCUCGCGGCGAUACUAACCGGCACAAGCCAACUGGUUGCCUUAAUUUGUGCGCCCUUAUUCGGAUACUUAGCCGGGAGAUACACGCGAUUCAACAUUCCAUUAACGGGCGCAGCAGCCGCAGGGAUCAUAGGCUACGUAUGGUUCGGCACGCUGCGAAGCCCAGACCCGAAAACGCAAGGCGGUUCCGGUGCUGUAUUCUUCAUUGUCGCACUUCUUGGCAUCAGCCAAAUCGGAAGCAUCGUCUGCUCGCUCGCGCUCCUCGGACGCGGCAUUCAGAACGACGGAAACGAUGCUGGUAACAAUCACGUAAAUGACUUUGCCAGCCUUGGUUCCAAUGGCGCCACGUAUCCUGAAUCCACAACUCAGCAACGGUCACUCUCUGCUGGCUCGACUCCUCUACCCAGUCCAUCAAUAGCGGAUUCGCACGAAGAGGAGCCGCUUCUGCCAGGUCAUACGCCCAGCCACCUCAGCUUACCAGCUUCGCCUUCGGACUCAAAGUCACAUGCAUAUCUCAAAGGAUCAAUAGCUGGGACGUAUAGUCUAGCUGGUGGUGCAGGGAUCCUGCUUCUGACGAAAGCCGGUGGGGCCCUCUUCGAUAGUGCAGGUCCUGGCAGCCCAUUCUUCAUGAUGGCCGGGUUCAAUGCAUUACUACUCAUCGUAGGAACAGCGGUGGGACUUCGAGAUGCAGUUCGGGGUGGGUGGCGAUCACAACGGUCAUGAUAUGGAAUCGAGCGCACUUCUAUUUCACGAUGCUUCAGCGAUGUACGAUGCGACGAAACAAAAUUCCUGUAUUCUGGUAUUGGGAGUAUUUUUAUACAUUCCGGGGAUUUAAGUUGGCGUAGCCAUGGUCUCGAUACGCACGGUGCCUUGGUUCAUUGGAUCUGGCUGCGGUUCUCCAGUUUCUUUAUCUCAUCAACUAAAAACAACUCAACGUACCACGGUACGACUUUAGCCUCG